UGGAAAGGAAGGCAAUUAUUCAGCUAAGAAGGAAUUUGUGGAAGACCUGAGGAAGAAUGCUUCUGGUACCUCUAUAUUAUUUGCUGUGGAUAUUUCAGGGUUCUUUGGGGCAGUUUCCCAGAGCCUGUGUUUCUUCCAAGAACCUGUUAGAGAAGGAAUGUUGCCCAAUAUGGAGUGGGGAUGGCUCUCCCUGUGGCCAGCUGUCAGGUCGAGGCUCCUGCCAGGAGAUUCGCCUUUCCAGGGCACCACAGGGACCCCAAUUCCCUUUCUUCAGGGUGGACGACCGGGAAGAAUGGCCCACUGUUUUUUACAACCGGACCUGCCAGUGUUCUGGCAACUUUAUGGGAUUCAACUGUGGUGACUGCAAAUUUGGAUUCUUGGGAUCAAACUGCCAGGAGAGGAGAUUGUUGCUAAGAAGAAACAUCUUUGACUUGAGCACAUCAGAGAAGGACAAAUUUCUUGCUUAUCUCAACUUGGCUAAGCAUACUAUCAAUUUAGAUUAUGUCAUACCUACCAGUACCUAUGCUCAAAUGAACAAUGGUUCAACCCCCUUAUUUAAGGAUAUAAACAUUUAUGACCUCUUUGUCUGGAUGCACUAUUAUGUGUCCCGGGACACACUACUUGGGGGCUCCAGUGUCUGGAAAGACAUUGAUUUUGCUCAUGAAGCUCCAGGUUUCCUUCCUUGGCAUAGAUAUUUCCUCCUUCUAUGGGAACAAGAGAUCCAGAAGCUCACAGGGGAUGUGAACUUCACUAUUCCCUACUGGGACUGGAGAGAUGCUGAGGAAUGCACUAUUUGCACAGAUGAGUAUAUGGGAGGUCGUCAUCCAACAAACCCAAGCAGACUCAGCCCUGCCUCAUUCUUUUCCUCAUGGAAGGUUAUCUGUAGCAGAUUAGAAGAAUACAACAUUCAGCAGUCCUUAUGUAAUGCAACAGAAGAAGGACCUCUGCUCCGUAACCCUGGAAACCAUGAUCGAGGGAGGACUCCAAGAAUUCCCACUUCAGCUGAUGUAGAAUCUUGCCUAAGCCUAGCUCAAUAUGAAGCCGGUUCCAUGGAUCGAGCUGCUAAUUUCAGCUUUAGAAACACACUGGAAGGUUUUGCUGAUCCACUUACUGGCAUAGCAAAUUCAUCUCAGAGCAGCAUGCAUAAUGCUUUACACAUCUACAUGAAUGGCACAAUGUCCCAAGUACAAGGAUCUGCUAAUGAUCCCAUCUUUAUCCUUCACCAUGCCUUUGUGGACAGUAUUUUUGAACAGUGGCUCCGGAGACAUCGUCCAUUACAAGAAGUUUACCCAGCAGCAAAUGCACCCAUUGGACACAAUCGUGAAUCCUACAUGGUUCCUUUCAUCCCUGUCUACACAAAUGGAGAGUUUUUUGUUUCGUCCAGAGAAUUGGGAUAUGAUUAUGCCUACCUAGCUGAGCCAGCACCUGACUUCUUUCAAGAAUUUGUUAGGCCUUAUUUGGAGCAAGCAAGUCAGAUUUGGCAAUGGCUUGUUGCAGCUGCUGCCUUUGGAGGGGUGAUUACUGCAGUCAUCAUAGGGCUUUCCAGCCUCUUGUGCCAAAAGAAGAAAAAGAAGUUCUCAGAAGAAGAACAACCCCUGCUCACAGAGAAAGAAAUCUACCUUAGUGGGGCUUAUCAUACUAACUUUUAG